GGGCUCAUGCCGUAAUUAUGAGGAUGAAAUAGCUCAGAUGGCCCUUUCAGAGGUUCUUUACGACAGAAGGUUUACCACAUUUGAAGGCGGAACUCUAAUUUUAGUGCCAGUGAUGGAUAUGAGAGGAGAUGCUAUUUGUUGGCUGAAUCCCGAUCUAAUCACCCCUUUUACUCUUCGGCGAAAUGUGGAGCCACCUGCGAAUAUAGAAAACACGAUUCAAUAUCUUUCUCGCCGAUCUUUGGGAGAUUAUGAGCCUCCGUAUUUAGAAUAUGCCUUUGCGGGAGAAUGUCACAUCGACACUCCGAUUUACAGCCACGGUCAGGAGCCAACUCAUCCUGCUGUCAAGAGUCCUUGUUCGACACAAGACGAUUCCUUUGGAGAGAAUUCUAGUGUUAAUAACCACGAUUACUUCGGAGAGGAACCUAUUGUUAACAACCACGAUACGUUUGAGAUCUUUCGCGUAAAUUGAUCUAUUAAUCUGACUGUUUAGAAGCAAUACAUGGUGAAUACCUAUACGCAGUGAGAAGAUUCAGCGCGGCUACAAUAAUAUGAUCAAAUUAAACUCGCCAAUUUCGACUACAACCUUCAUAGCCGA